AUGUCUGCCGACGGACACGGACUUACAGACAGCGCCGUUAUGGGCGCGCACGACAUGAUACAUCAUGCCGAACAAGAAGAGCAUGAGCAUGAAGCCGCAAUGAAGCGAGGAAUUACAGACGAAGCGGCAGAGGCUGAAUAUCAGUUGAUACACGGAGCUGAGGAGCGAGCUGCUCGGGCCGAGAGGAGACGAAACUCACUUACUAAAGUAAAGAGAACUUUCGAAAAGAUUAUCCCUGGGAAGCAUUAA